UUUACAACGUACAGCGUCUGCAAGAAAUCCAUGUUCAGAAAGAGGACAGUUAACCUGAAUAAGAACCUUAAUUAAACCGUACUGUGACAGAUUAUGGGAGAAAUUACCUUAACAGUCUCCAAUCUGUCAACCAAACUGACCGAUGUCCUUUAUCUGUAUCAACAAAACAGAAUCCUCUGUGACUGCUGUAUACAGUGUAGUGAUGGAGAAGUUUAUGCCCAUAAAAUCAUCCUAGCCAUGUGGGGAAUGUUUGGCUUCUACGUUGAUACUAUUGACACAAUUCAGGCUUCAAAAUUCACAACUGCAGAUGUUAAUAACUUUAUGAAGUUAAUUUAUUCAGGGGAAAGUUCAUUAUUAAAGUUAGAUGCAGCAUUUAGAGUUGCUCAGGUUGGCAAACUAAUUGGGAUUAGGUUACUUUGUAUCUCAAGCUCUCUGACCCUACAAGAAUCUUUAGAAUCAGCUUUGUCUGCCCUUAAAUCCUCUUCUGAAUCAGGCGUGAAACUUAAUAAGAAAUACAUUCUCUACAUUAAAUCAUUGCCUGAUUUUCAAAGCAAUUUUUCGACCACAACAAAUGUGAGAUGUAGGGAGCCAAUCAAGUCGACAAAAUCAAUGCCUGGUAACAGUAUGAACAGUAUCAAAGACAAAAGGAAUAAAAACUUAGAGGAGUGUUGGCUUAGUCAGUCGUCAGAUGUCAGCUCUACUAUACUGAUUAAUGAAAAUAAGUCAGCUGAAUCUCCUACCAUUGACAACAAUGAUGAUGAUACUUUUGAACAUGAAAAGACAACAAGCCAUACAGCUUAUUCUGACCCACCACCGGAAAUAGUAAUAGAAGUCAAAACUGAAAACUGUGAACAGCCAGACUCAAGAAACGUAGAUACUGAAAAAGAACAGGAAGAUGACGACGAAGAUUUUACAAUGGAAUCCUGGUCUGGGAGUGUAGAAUCGCUGAAAACUGCCAAAAAUAAUUCAGUGAGGGAGUGGAGUGUAGAAUCGCUGAAAACUGCUGAAAAAAAUUCAGUGAGGGAGUGGAGUGUAGAAUCGCUGAAAACUGCCGAAAAUAAUUCAGUGAGGAAGUGCAGUGUAGAAUCCAUGAAAACUGCCGAAAAUAAUUCAGUGAGGAAGUGCAGUGCAGACUUAAAAGAUACCAGUCAGAAGUCAAACUUAAAAGAUACCGGUCAGAAGAAAGCUGAGGCACAGGAAGGAGGGUGUAAAUUAAUCAAAUGUAGGAAAUGCCUCAAACACAAGAGGGCUCCUUUUAUAUAUGCUGAUACAACAGAGGGACUAGAAAACUUUUAUAAGCAUGCUAUAGAAUCUCAUCCAGCUGCUUAUAUUCAGAAUGUAAACUGUGAAAUAUGUGGAGCUUCUUAUAAAAACUGUCAAGCAGUUAUGUAUAUGGAACAUUUAGUCAAAAAACAUGGUAUAGAAUAUGACUCUACAGUCUACCACAAGAAAACGUGUGAUUUUGAUAAUUGUGAAUACUGGACACUGUGUCAAACUAAAUUCUCCACCCAUAAAAAACAAGUGCAUUCUGGGAAACGUAGCAUUUGUGAUGUGUGUGGAGAGUCGGUCAAAAACAUCAGACAUCACAGAGAGAUUCAUAAGGACAGGCCCAGAAUACCGUGUGAAAUCUGCGGUCACACCUUUGUCAGUGAGGCUUCUGUUAAGAAUCAUAUUGCAAAAGUGCACGAAAAGAAAUACAAAUCUGUCGGUUUCUGCAAGUAUUGUAAUCAGAACUUCAUAGAGCGGUACAAAUAUUUCAACCAUAUGUUCAGAGAGCACAAGGAGAUUCCAAAAGGUAUGAAAAGGUACCAGUGUACCGAGUGUGACUUUGUGACUUACCAGAUUGCUCUGUUGAAAAAUCACAAGUUAAGACACAAAGAGCUUAAAGGAUUGAAAAUUGAACGAAACUACAAAUGUCACUUCUGUGGAAAAGCAUUUAUUACGAACAUUAGUCGCAAUUACCACGUACAGCAGCAUCAUGUCAGUAAAGCCUACCUACAGUGUCCCUAUGACAACUGUACUACAGUGUUUCAGAAAAAAAGAAGUUUACAGAUCCAUAUCAGAGACAUCCAUGAGAUUGGAAAGAUAUUUCAGUGUCAUGUCUGCCCAUACAAAUGUAAUCGGCAAGGAAAUCUUGUGAAACACAUUCGUACUGUCCACAAAGAAGAGGUGUCUACUCGGGAUUCUCGACGGAAACAGGCCAUGUUGUCAGGGAAAGGUUACCAUGAAGCAGUUGGUCAGAUUCCUAGGGAGAAUCCGGAAGAUGGAAAAAGCAGUGAGGAGGAGGGGAACAUUUCAAUCUGAGCAGAAUUUGUUUGAGGAGUGGAUACAUGAAAUAGUUGAUUUUCAACUAGAAAGUAGCUACCUGUAAAUUUAUUUGUCAGUGAAGAGAAAACAUUUCUGCAAUUAUGGAUAUUGAGUUACAUAAAUGAGUUAUAUGAAUAUUUAGCUCACCUCAACAAAGUUGGGCGGAGCUUAUGAAAUACCGUCAGCAUUCCAGGUUAAAGUUUUUGGAGAGAUUUCUUUUCAAGUACUUCUGUGCCCUAUAUUAAUCAGAGAUGCAUGGAAUAUGCUUAUAGCAUGCUUCACUGUACCAGUCAAGGUUUCAGCUAAAGAAUGACCAGAUUUUUGGUGCAGAUGUCAUUUCCAAGUAACUAUAAGCUUAUAUUGACCAAACUUGUAUGGAUGAUACAUCUAAGGAUGAACACUACCAGGCUUGCUUUAGAUGCUGGAUCUGACCUACUUUUUCUGGAUGAGUGACCAGUUUAAUGUUUUUGGAGCAGGUUCAUUCUAAAGUAACUAUAUGCCCUAUGUUGACUAAACUUGCAUGGAUGAUACAUUUAAAGAUCCAUACUAAUAGGUUUGCUUCAGAUGCUGGAUCUGACCUACAUUUUCCAGGUCGACCAGAUGAGUGACCAGGUUAAAGUUUUUGGAGCAGGUUCAUUCUAAAGUAACUGUUUGCCCGACCUGGACCAAACUUGCAUAGAUGAUACAUGUAAGGAUGCACACUUCUGGACUUGCUUGGGAUGCUGAAUUUGACUUACAUGUAUAUUUUCUAGAUGAGUGACCAGGUUAAAGACUUUGGAGCAGUUUCUUUUUUAACUGACUAUAAGCCCUAUGCUAACCAACUUUGCAUGAUAAAGCCAAACUUACAUGGAUGAUGCAUCAAAGGAUGAAUACUCUCAAACUUGCUUCAGAUGCUGGAUUUGAUGUACAUUUUCUGGAUAAGUGACUAGUUUAAAGUUUUUAGAUAAGUCCAUUCCCAAGUACUGUAACUGCAAGCCCUAUCGGACCAAAAUUGCAUAAAUGUUUGCAUGUAGGGAUGCACUCUGCUAGAUUAUUAGUUAAGAGUUGGACUUUGUCUUACUUAAAGACAACAUUCAUUUAAGUGAACUCUGUAAUCUCUGAUUACCUAUGUUUUUUUUCGGAUUAAUGAAUAAUGAUCUGUGUAAAAAUACUAAGAAGUUCAUUUACAAGUUAGAAUUUUAAAAUUGAUUACUGUGUAUUAUAUUACUGUAUACAUGGUUAUUUUUUGCCCCAUUUUUUGAAACUUGCAAAUGAUUUUGCCCUCUUUUAAAUUUGCCCAGACACAGUUGUGUUAAAGAGAUAAUUCUGUUUUCAUUGAAUUUGCCAAUUUUAAAUUUGCAGACUUGCAAGGAAGGCAAAAGGGGCAAAAAUUUCCCAUAUACAAUAACUACAUUUGUUUGAAUAGCAACUACAAAUCUGUAAGCACCAACCAUUGUCAUUUUCAUUCUAUUUAAAAGAAUAAAUGAUUAUAAGCCC